AUGUCUUCUGCUCAUGAUGCCACCACCAAGAUCUCCAUUGACAAGUUCGACGGCGACAACUACGCGACAUGGAGCCGGUACAUGCGUGGCGUGUUCCUGACCAAGUCGACGUGGCACGUGGUGAACCGGGAGACGUCGCCGACCUACGCGGACGAUCGCGCCAUGGACGACUACGUCAAGGCCAACAACGUCGAUUUCGGACUGAUGUUGCUGCACAUGGACGCGGACUACCAUCACAUCGUCGAUGACUGUGAAGAGGCGUGGGUCGCGUGGGCGCGUUUGGAGACGCUGUAA